UCUAAACAAACAUGGCCGACCAGAAUUAGAUUCUAGUCUUUCACUUCUCAAAGAGCCCAGACAUGUCACUCCAAUGAGCACAAAGACCUGAGACCGCUUACUACCAUGGCGACUGCCAAGGAAGGCCCAUUGUUGGUGGAGUUUCCGUGUGACCUUCAAACAUGGCCCAAGGUCAAAGCUGCACUCUUGGAACUUCGAGGGUCGGUGCAUAUCGACGACAUCGUGAAGUCAUUGGACAUCAUCGUCGCAUCGUUGAUUAACGGGACGCCAUCGCUGGCCAAGGAGAAUAUGAUCCUUAGGAAGUGCGUAUUUUACGGACUGAAACGGUUCUUGGAGCAAGAUGCAGAGGCGGAGGAAAAGCACAGGUUCUACUCUGAGACUUUUCCGUUUAUUAUCGAUUGUGCGUUAAAAAUUGAGGAGCUGAGGCCGGAGGCAGGGUUGCAUUACAGCUUACAGAAGGAAGAGUGUUCCAUCGAGCUGAAGAGAGAUUUCGUUGCCUCGAUCCUUGCUUGUGCAUUUCUCUGCCUGUUUCCACGACGACCGAAAGAUAUUGCUAGCCGCCUCAAUGACAUCAACUUCAACAACUUCUUCCAUUAUUUACCCAGCCCACCCCAAAGUGCUAAGCUGCGAUGUAUUCUCCAUUACUUUGACCGCGUUUCUUGCCUUGGAGACAGCCUCGAUAAGACUGUCAAGUUCUCAAGACAGGUGCUAUCAUCAAAAGAAGCGCUUCAUGUCGGUAAAAUCCUAAGCUGUGAUAGACCUCUGUGUCCAGUGACCGUACACAAGGAGGGGAAGAUCGAGGAUGCCGGCAGUGAAAUAUUACAGAUUGACUUCGCCAACAGUUACAUUGGUGGAGGGGUGCUGCAUGCUGGCAGGGUGCAGGAGGAGAUCCGAUUCUGCAUCAGUCCGGAGCUGAUAGCCGCCAUGUUGUUUAUGCAAUGCAUGCUGGACAACGAGGCAAUCGUCAUUGAAGGAUUCGAACAAUUUUCACACUAUGCAGGAUAUGCUGACAAUCUGAAAUAUUUUGGCAACUUCAAGGACAAAUCGCUGAGAGAUUCAAACGGCAACAUCAUUACAAAAUUGAGCGCAAUCGACGCCAUCCCAUUCAUGUGGGUCGGACAGCAAAAACAAUAUGACGGGAAAAAUCUGAUGCGGGAAAUCAACAAGGCGUAUAUCGGAUUUCUUCAGCCGUCUGCUCGUGUGAGGAAGGGGAGGAAGAAGUUGGGAAAGAGCGAGGAUAGUUUGGCGUCAGACUCAUCUGAGGAGUAUUACAGUGCACCGGAGAGCCUGGAGGAUGAAGGGCUUGACCCAGGCCAGGUAAGACCUUCCGCUUUUCUCCCUCCUUCACUCUCAGGUGAACAAGUUCUAACAUACACUGACCAAGACAUCACCAGCACUUUCAAUGUCGUAGAUCCCUCGGCGGAGAAAUCUUGCGCUGACAUUGACGAAGAAGGGGGACCAUCGUGCUCCAGUGAUAACUAUGGCGCUGUAACAAGUGGUGCUGACACCUAUGAUGAAAAACGGCGUUCACCAGAUGAAGAGGAAGGUGACUCAAGUUCGUCAAGCAGUUUCAAUUUAGAUUUAUUCGAGUUGGAGAAUCUACGAACUGAAGUUUUAAGACGGCGGGGGUCAGGGGUCAGUGAUGUCAGCUUCCACAGCUCCAGACGAAGCAGUUCUGGUACCCGUCAUAGCUCAGAUUAUUCAGAUUUUGAUACCUGGGCAGCAAAUUUUCGGAGGCGGAGCUCAAACUUAUCAGAUUUGUCGUCGGCAUCUCGGAGAAGUAGUUCCCGAUACAGUUCAGACUUUAGUUCAGAGUUUGAAGAAUAUUACGAGUCGUUUCAAAAUUUGGAGCGGAGGAAAAUCCAGCAUACUGCCAUACAAGAAGAAACUGGGAAUCCAGUCAUUGCGGAUUUCGCGAAUACACUAGUGUCAAGUUUGCUUCAAGAGAGUUCAAAGGUCGCAGCGCAGCUUGAUUCUGGUGUGCGAGAAUUUGAGGUGCGGCAUCCUGGCUUUUGCACUAUAACAAAACCGAAACCCGUAAAACCGAAAGUGUUGGGUCAGGCACCGUAUCUCCCACCAUUAACCGAUACAAGGAAGUAUCACGGGCGUGAUGAUUCAGACUCCAGUUCAGACUCUAGUCCAGGGGAGGGGACCUCCGUGGUGAAUUUUGCCGAUAAUCUAGUCCAGAAUGUGUUCAGUCAGACGGCAGUUGGUGCCACGUCUGAUGCAUUCCAUACUCAUUCCCCAGCUCAUUCAGCUGCUUUAAGCGGAUCAGAAAGUGACAUUAGUGAUUCGUACAAAUUGGGGAAGAAGCGUAGGAUUUCCCCGAAGCCCAGUGAGCCAAAUGUUGAUGCAAUUCGAUGUUACGUUGAUCGAAUGUUUGGUGGGGCGAUGGGUGGUGCGGGUGAUGCUAGUGGAACGCCAUCUGUUGAGAAAUAUACAUAUCAUUUUCACUGCGAAGGUGCUGACGGACACUCGCCGGAAGUUUCGCAACUAGAGGCACCGCCCGGUGGCAGCUAUUUGAACCUGGAUUACAGUCACUCUAGUCAAGAUGGUGCCAGUUCCUCAGACGUUAGUAUCGACAACAUAAACAUAUCAUUAUCGCAGCCUCUUUCUGGCGCAUCAAUGGAUUCAUCUAGCCAAUCAGAAUCAUGCUAUCCUUGUCACAGUUACGCGGAUGACACUAGUAGCGUCGGGAACUUUGUUGACUCAUUUGUAAACUCUGUGAUAUCUAGCGCACUCCAGGUGACAGAGCAGGACCAUGACCAAUCAGAUGCCAGCUCGUUUUCGCAUCGUCAUGGUGAAGGUGCGCAUAAUAUUCAAAAUGCUACGUCUGUUGCAGAUCGUAUGGUGAACCAAGUUUUUAGCGACCUACGUGACGAAUUUGAACAAAGUAUUCCGGAUUCCAUGAAACUUUUACAAUCUGGGUCUGGGUCUGGGUCUUCGGGACCAUACUCCUACUAUUCUCACUACCCACGAAUUGUUGUUUCUCACUAUCCUUAUCCUUGUCUCAUGUCGUUUGUCGACUGUCUCAUCACCUCCGCAUUUGAUGAUGCGAUGUUAGAAAUCCCGAAUAUAUUACCAAAGUGUCAAUUUCCUGCUAGUCCUGAGGUUGUAACUUACGUGGAUAGUCUCCUGUCAGAUUCAUUAUUUGGUGCUUAUCAUGAUUUGCAAUGCAGAAACUUCCCAGUUGCCAUGGAAGCAAAUUCUAGGAAACAGAGUUCUAAUUUUCUCUCUGUUAAACCGAGUAGUAGUAGUUCCAGUAGUCUGUGGAGUCGGAGUAGUUUCAGUUCGGCGAGUAGUGGAGAUCGAUCCCCAGGGAGUGGGGACCGCAGCCCUGUCGCAGAGAGACCAACUUUACCAGGACCUAGUUCUCACUUCGCCACCAGGAGGCAACUGAAGUCAAAACGAGUAAAAUCACAAAGUUUCAGCGACUAUAGCACCGGGAAUAUCAUGGAUGAUAUCAAAAGUGCAUCCAUCUCGCACAGGCGCCAUUGUAGUUUAACAGGAUUUUUUGAUCCGACGUUAUCACGAUUUGCUGAGGAAUUAAUGCAAAUGGAUACGUCGACUCCCCCUAUUGAUAUUUUCUCAACUUCUGAUUCGUCUAUGAGUAGUCCCCGGCAGCAUAGUAGCAGUAGUGAUGCUAGUUUCUCACAAUCUCCGCUAGUCUCUAGUAGUUCUAGUAGUUCCUCGAAUAGGCCCACCCCCGAUUACAAAAGUCGCUUUACACGGAAGAAGAGCAGUGAAAAGUUAGGUGCUGUUGGAGGGAGUGUGUUACGCAAACAAGGCAUGAAACCAAAAUCAAAAAAGAAAUCGCAAUCAUGGCAUCCGUCAAUAUUACAGAAUAAAAAAAAGGAGAAAAGUUUGAAAAAGAAAACCAAAUCUAAAUUGGUGCUAGAAUUAGAAAGUUAUGCAGAGAACAUGAUGGAAAAGAUCUUUGAUGACGCAUAUUAUACGAUUCAAUACUUGUGGUAUGAAUUUUGGCCGUAUUUGCCGACAGAUUCUGACAUGUCAAGUUCCGAGAAAUCGUUCCCGUUGGAGGAGAAAAAAGGUGUGAUAAACACCUUGAUUAUAACGUAUGCUGAACAAGUUGCGGAAAAAAUUAUGAAGGACGUUUUUGCGGAUCACCGCGUUAAACGGCAGAGAAGGAAGCAGGUUAUUUGGCAUUGGUCGGAAAUGUCCGAUUACUGUGAUGUUAUGGAGAUGCCGUAUUUGGAUUUGGAGGACUUUGCGAGUACAUUUGUGACGUGUGUGAUCCAUGAGUCUCUGCAGAUCGUUCAUGGAUGGAAAUCGGAAGACUCGCCAGCCCUCGGAGGUGUUCUGGCGUUAUUCAGUCGGGAUCAACAGCGAGAGGAUUAUUACACCAAAGGAGAUGUUUGGCAGGCUAUCCGCCCUGUUGCCACCGGUAACUGGGGAUGUGGUGCGUUUGGUGGCGACCCCCAGCUGAAGGCAAUGAUCCAAUGGAUUGCGGCAACCCAGGCAGGGUGUCCUGCGAUGAUAUACUACACAUUCAGGAAUCAGCGUGUGAAUCAGUUAAGCGAAAUGUGCUCCAUGAUCCUUGAGCGUGGUUGGACGGUUGGUUUGCUUAUGAAACAUAUCGAGGACUACUGCAAACGCGCCAUCAUGGAAAUGGAAGAAAACGGAAGCUUGACGACUGCUCUCUUUGAAUAUCUACAACAGCAAAUGUGAUAAGGAUAGACUUAUAUAAACAUGUUUUAACGCGCCCUGGGCUAUAUGGGCUCAGCCAGUUUGGAAGACUCUUGUGCAAGUUUUGCCUUAUGUGAGAGGCACAGAUUUAUUUUUGAAAUCGGUGGCGUAAGGGUACGUUUAUGUUCCCUGUCCAGUACUGAGUGGAAGCCAAGAUGAUUGAAAGGACUGCAAACCAAAAAAUAUCCGGUGGUGUUUUAUUUUCAAAAGUUUGAAACCUUUGAUCAAGAAUUGAAAAUAAACCAGGUGAAGUCCACAAGGUAAUUGAUUCAUCAUUAGAUAAUCCUUGAAUUUGCAUAUUAUGGCUUACGCUAAAUUGUGAAAAAAUGUUUUUGCAAACAUUAAGUUCUACAGAAAUCUCACGGUUUGCAGUCAGUGGUGAUGAAUUGAUCGAGUGCUGCUUUUAUCUGUAGUAAUUUAGACCAUCGAGUCUGAAAAGUGUUAAAAUCAAGUAGAUUCCGCAUCUUAGCAAUUUUAGAGCCAAUUGGAACAAAUCUAUGCUACAUGAUACAAUCAAGUGUAAGGUGCAUGUGAGGCUGUUGUAAGUCAUUCCAUAGAAGUUAACAAUAUGUUCCUCUAAAGCAUACGGCAGACUGGCGUUUUUCAUUGCAUAUGACAAAAAUUGCUAGUAUGCUUUGGUUAUAAUUGCUCAAAGAUUAUUGUUGUCAGUAUUUGCAAUAAAAAUCACCUGUCUGCGGUGCACUGUUUUAUUGUGUGGCCCUGUGGGCUUGGCCAGUUGCGACUGGUGUAAUACAAUAUUUUAUCAAAAGUCUAUUUUGUGAGAUUUUGAUGUCGGUGGGAAAAAUUUCUUGUCGCUGUUGACCCUCUUUAGUUUCACAGCCUGCUCAUUAAUUAAAUUUCGUCAGCGCACGUGAUAUUUAGUCAGUCACAAAUUGAAAAUAAGCAAACUUCAACUUUGCGAAAAUUUCACGGUGGACAGGACUUUUGCCAAAUGAAAACUGAGUAGAAUCAAAGAUUUCAAAAACGUCAUUGAUUGAUUUAUGACAUUAGCAUUAGUUGUGAUUGUGAUGUUAGCGUCGAUAUGUAGACAAGAUAUCGCAAUUUUUCCCUGUGAUCAUGGUGGUGUACCAUAAAUUGGAUGUUUUGUUUCAGUUUUUAAAAUUUUCUUUCACAGUGUUGAUUGGAUAGAAUGAAAUAAGUUUAUGGAGUUGAGGAGAUUUAGGAGGAUCAUCCGCAAAUUUUAAUUUAGGUUGAGACGUCAACCUGAUAUGGGGUGAUAUGAAUAAAGACUAGCAAAUGCUUUUACUUCAAUUUUGUACAGAAAGGCCUAGUGUAAAUGUACAUGGAGUUUUAGAUAAAAGCAUUUACUACUCUUUAUUCAUAUCUCCCAUGAAGUCGUCUUAAGGAGUUGACUAGUAAAGAAUAAGAUUGUGGUGUUUUUUUAAACCCUUUUGUCAAUUUCUUUUUUGAACUUGGAGACACUGUUUUAAACAUGUUGGCCCGACACAUUCAGUCAGGGAACACGCUGGGAGAUUGAUUUUUUGGGGAUGCGUGGUUGGGCUGAAUAUUGCUGAAUAAAUCCUAGGUUGUGGUGGCAGCAAACAGCUGAGUGGUUAGAACAUUGAGCCAUGAUGUCAACAAUCUCCAAAGAUGAGUUGUCAACUCCUUGAAACUGUGGGCAGGGUAUGUUCUUGAAAUAGUUCCUGUCUUGCCCAAGAGACCAAUACACGUCCAGAUCAAGGAAGAGUAAGAGAAUAUCCGUUAGUUUGGUUUAUAAACACACACUAUUUACAUUUACACACUCCAGUCCUAUUACUAUCAACUUCUAAACUUCACUCCCUACUCCUAGCCCCAUCAUUCCUUUUACCCCCAAACUACCAACCCCCAACAUGUCAAUCAAGCAGUUCUUUGACCAAUCCGUGACAAGUUAAAUGUAAGAGCAACAAUAUUCUAAAGAAUCUUUUGUGGAGGUUUCCGACAGAAACUUUACAUGCCAGGAGAUACCAUGAUGCAGCGAGAUUGGGGAGUAAUUACAAUGAUAGCUUGGUCUAGCUGUGCUGACCCGUGUCUGAAUAUUUAAUAUAUACAUGCAAUAAUCUCCCUUAAAUCAAAGAUUUUCUCCUGGUUUUACACCAAUAGACAGAGCGAAUUGGAAAAUUAUCAUUGAAAUCAACGAGGACGUGUGUGCACUUUUUUGCGGAGACCAAUUUUUAGAAAAAGGCAUGGGUUAUAGCGAGAGUGCAGUCUGGAUCUAGAGUAGGUGGUAGUCCGACGAGUCAGCCCCCUUCCCUGUGACAGUUUCCCCCCCGAGUGAUUACCAGUGACUUAUGUGAUAGUUGUAUGUUGUCAUACUCAUAGAGCAAGAA